UCCUGUCGCAUUUUUACAAGAAUUUUCUUUCUGUCGUCAGCUCAUCAAGGUAAAAACAGAGUAUUACAACAAGGAUAUCUACAAGUUCUGUGCAUAAACGUAUCAUUGUUCGAUUGCAUCCUUGCAGUCUUUGUCGACCAAAGUGUAAAUCAUCUGUAAUCAUCUGUCUAAUCAACCGUUAUAGUCUUAUAUCUGUAAUAAAUCCAUUAUUACAGAUAAGACUCCAUGGCCUAAGUUUGACAAAGCUGUUUCAGAGCUUCAUGACUGGCUCUCUAUUGUUGAAGAAGUCAUUAAAAGUCAACGCAUCAUGCUUGGUAACGUUGAUGAAAUGGAAUGAUUAACGAACAAACAAAAAUAGUCUGUUGAGGGCGAACUUCGUGGUAAACAUUAUCUUCUGAAUGAUGUUUCUGAAAUGAGUCUUAAACUCGAGGAAGAGACAGACGAUGAGUCCCAUAAGAACAUAUUGCGUCAACAGGUCCAGUCUCUCAAGGAUCAUUGGCACAGGGUCCAACAGCAGUAUAAUGAAUGGUUAACACGGAUAAACCUGAUGUGGGAUUUGUGGAGACAAUAUGAACAAAUCAAAACGGAUCUGGAAGCAUGGCUUACCAAGUCAGAAGAAAAAAUGUUAGAAGUUUGGAAGGCGUCUGGAAAUACUGUCGCGGAACUGGAAGAACUACUGACAAAUCAUAAGAAUUUUGAAGAUGAAGUCGAAAGUUGGCAACCGCUUGUAGAUAGGUUGAAUGAUGUUGGCAACGAAUUAAUACGAGAAUUCCCCGAACAUAAUCCGAAUGACAUUCGUUUAACUUCACAUCGUGAUACACAACGUUACAACAAACUGGCUUCAAGUUGUGCAGAGCAUACAGACAAGUUGAGCCGUCUCGUUCAAUUUGAUGAAAGCAUGACAGAAGCACUCACUUGGCUCACUUCAACAGAAUCAAAAAUUGCUGAGUUGGAUAGUGCGGCCGAUGCAGCUGAAGAACACACCGAUCGCUCCUCUUUGAAAGAAGAACUAAAAGUUCGUAAUUUGUGUUCAUUUAUUGUUGUUGAUUGCUUAUCCUCAAACAUUGACAACAGUGUUGGAAUACACAAUACUUGAGUGGACUUUCGCACAUUUUUAUUUCAAUAAGAUCGAGGGCAUUUCGCAGUUUGGUAGGUUGCGUAGAUUGUUAUGUUUAGUUGACAUUUGAAGUUUGUCUUUGUAGAUUUUAGAAGUGGAUAUUAACAACCGCCACGAAACUUUUGCUUCUCUAAACUAGACAGGUCAGACAGUAAUGUGUGAUCUUGAAUCAGGAGAGGUUCUUGCUGGUCUUCAAUCCAAACUUGAUGAUAUAAAUGAUCGAUGUAACAGUCUCAAUCCCUCUCGUAUCCAGUGGCGUUGUGGCAGGGGGGGGCCAGGGGGGCCAGGCCCCCCCUAGCUGUUGAUUUUGGGGGCGCUGAAUUGAAUACGAGUCAUCAAGGUUUAAAAAUGGGCUAUAAAAAAUUAAAAACGCAUUUGAAACAGUAACAGUUAUUUUCGCAGUUAUAUAUUCAGUGAAUGAAGUUAACUUUAGGGAAAUAGGGAAAAAGUAGACAGACCAAAAUGAAACCUUGUAAGGGGUUCGAUUAAAGAAUAAGAUAAUGAC